AUAUACUGUUGUGAUGCAUUCGCUUGUUCAUUCAAAAAACGUAUCGAUCGUCAAUCAAUUCACAAUAAAUUGUCGUCUACGAGUAUACGCGUCGCCGAUAAAAACAUAUUAGCACAGCGCUAGAUGGCGUAGUAAUCUUUGCAGACACUUUGAUCGUCAUCGACAUAAAAUUAUAAUACGCGAUUCGUCCAAUAUGCUCCAAGCAAACAUUACGCACUUUUACAGCGAGUUACAACGUAUACGGGCAACUGUGAGCCGGAUGGAGUGAUUUUUAAAUUGAUGGUAUUAAUCUGCAGUCUUAGGUAAAACUGACGUGGAAAUCAUUUGAUUACCAUUUUUUAAUGUCGUUAUUCAUUCUUCGAACGGCGUUGCCGACGAUUGAACAAUAUAUGGGUCACAAUGACGUAUGAUGCAGCAUAAUAUCGGAGGGCGAAGGAACGCAGGCACACACCACAGAGGAGAGCCAGUCAAUCAAUCUCUAACGCCCUCGCAUAACACUUAUUGGUUAUGAUGCGAGUAAUAGCUACGCACGGCGCAAAAUAAUAUUAUAAUGUUAAUAUAAUACUUACGUUUUGCCGGAGCGAUCAAAUGUAUUGUUGACUCGUCGAGCUUCAGUGGACUUGCCGCGCCGAUAUAGACACAUUUCAAUCGUUUGCAUCUAAACAAAUACAUGUUUACAAUUUAGUUAUGAAGAAUUGGAAUACAAAAAAAAUAUCCAGUGCUAUUAUAACUAAGCUUAUAAUUGUCCUCUAUGUUAUCAAUUUUCAAUUUAGAUAUUCGAAAUGCUUGGAAUUCAGAGAUAUUCUACCAGAGGAUGCAAAACAAUAUGAUAAAAUGAGACCACCCAAAAUAGAUGGUACGGCGACAAAAGUUCAUUUUCAUGUUACGGUGAUGGGCUUAGAUUCAAUCGAUGAAAAUGCAAUGACAUACGCUGCUGAUAUUUUUUUUGCUCAAACGUGGAAGGAUCAUAGACUUCGUUUGCCGGAAAAUAUGACUUCCGAAUAUAGAUUAUUAGAGGUUGAUUGGUUGAAAAAUAUUUGGAGACCGGAUUCGUUUUUUAAAAAUGCCAAAGCCGUUACUUUUCAAACUAUGACAAUUCCAAAUCAUUACAUGUGGCUUUAUAAAGACAAAACUAUUCUCUACAUGGUCAAAUUAACGUUAACAUUAUCCUGUGCAAUGAACUUCAUGAUAUAUCCACAUGAUACACAAGAAUGCAAGCUUCAAAUGGAAAGCUUGUCUCAUACCACUGAUGACAUGAUAUUCCAAUGGGAUCCAGAGGUACCGUUGGUUGUCGAUGAAAACAUUGAAUUGCCUCAAUUGCAGUUAGUUAAGAAUCAAACUGCUGACUGCACUCAGGUUUAUUCCACCGGAAAUUUUACAUGUCUUGAAGUUAUUUUUGUUCUUAAACGAAGACUCGGGUAUUAUCUGUUUCACACUUAUAUUCCUACCUGCCUUAUUGUCAUUAUGUCGUGGGUUUCGUUUUGGAUUAAACCUGAAGCAGCUCCAGCCCGUGUGACGUUGGGUGUUACGUCUCUAUUGACAUUGUCAACACAACACGCUAAAUCUCAAGCUGCACUGCCUCCAGUUUCAUAUCUAAAAGCAGUUGAUACAUUUAUGUCCGCUUGUACAGUGUUCGUAUUUAUGGCUCUUAUGGAAUAUUGUUUGGUGAACAUAGUGCUUGGUGAUUCCGACAUGCCGCCAAAACCAUUAAAUAAAAAAUCAUUUAAUUUCAGCUUCAGGAGCAACUUGAAGUUAAACGAUGGCCACCCGAUCCCGCCGCCCCCGCGUCCACCACCACAGGCCACUGCGGCCGCAUUGGCCGCCACAACGGCCCUCGCACAGAGAAACCGCACCCGGGCCAUAAACAUCGAUAGAUUUUCGAGGGUGUUCUUUCCGUUGCUGUUUGCGGUACUCAACAUGACGUACUGGGUUAUUUUCGCACGGUUUUUAUAAUGCCAUCGCGCGAUAGUCACCCCGUCGUCUCACACACCCACUACACUAACAAUACCCAUCAUUAAAUUUAUAAUACGACUUACAUCUGAUUUUGUUAAUAUCACGACGACGGUAUUUAGGUACCUAACAAUAUACGUACAUAUUAGAGAUAAUAUGCGCCUAUACAGUCACUAUAUAGUACACCAAAACAAUUAUUGUACUGUAUACAGGGUUAUCCAAGUAGAAUUAUUCGAUGCUUUAUUAUUAUUAAUUAACUUAGACAGCUUCCUAGGUCACCCGAUCUUAAUACUUUGAAGAUUGACUACCUUUUUUUAGAAAUUUGUUAAAGAUACUGUAUACCACGGACUAAGAUAUAUAUAUAUGUAUAUAUCUUAGUUCGUGUUGUAUACCUAGUACCAUUAUUGACAACAACCACAGAAGAGUUAAACAAUUAGCCAAAUCAGUUGCAACCUAUAUAUACGUAUAUAUGGAAUUAAUUUGAGUUUUGACUGUAGAUGUUGUUUGUUUGACCAAGUGAAGCCAAGCUACAUAGAACAUUUAUACUUUAUAGGUAUAUUAUUAAAUACAUUUGAAAUAUUAUUCUUUUAUUUAAUUUGAAUCUAAAAACUGAAAAUAUAUAAUAAUUUUAAAUCGGACGAAUAAUUUUGAAUAACUCUGUAUAAUAAUAUAAUGUAUUUUGCAUGUAUACCGCAGUUAUAUAAAACCUGAAAUACCUAUACGCAAAUCAGACGUUUAAGAACUAUUGAUGUACGUCGUGGUAUAUAAAAUUGAAACGAUGAUGUUUGAAAAUUAAAAUAAUUUUAAUCUGACAGUUACUCUAUCUGCAUUCUCCGUGAAUUUCAUAAAUGCGUCAAUCACCUAUAUUAUCAUAUCGAAUUGCAAGCUAUAUCUUAAUAUGACGUUGCACGCGUUGUUUUUUAAUGAUUAAACAAAUCAAUACCUAUAUUCGUAAAAUUGAAUUUUAAAAAAAAUAAUUAAAGUGUGAGUUUCUUCAAUUUGAUUGACCUAUUUGUUUUCCUGUAUAAAAUAAAGAAACAACUUUUUUAAA